UUCGCAGAAAGUGCAACAUACCCAGCAUCUUAGAAAAGGUCGUCUUCACCACGAGCGCCCUACCUCAAAAUUCCGUGACCCAAGCCUCCUUUCCCGAAAUCAACACUCUUCCCUACCCACCCUCCUAGAGUUUCUGAUCCAAACAAACACAGCCAUGGCUAUGCAAAGCGGAAUAGGGUUUUCCAAGAUCCUGAUCUUAGCUGGGGCAGGGUAUACUAGCACCAUCCUGCUUAAGAAUGGUAAAUUAUCUGACUUGAUCGGUGAACUUCAGUCUUUGUUGAAUGGAACCGGAGAACAAUCAGAAGGUGACUUUGAUGCGAUCGCAUCACAGGUGCGCCGACUGGCAGCUGAGGUCCGGCAACUUGGCUCGUCACGACAGAUAACCGUCCUGAAUGGGAAUGGCAGCCAAAUUGGUUUGACAUCACUAAUAAUGCCAGCAGCUACCUUGGGGGCAUUGGGUUAUGGUUACAUGUGGUGGAAGGGUCUAAAAUUCUCAGAUCUUAUGUAUGUGACAAAGCGUAGUAUGACUGCUGCUGUUUCAAACUUGCAUAAACAUCUGGAGAGCGUGACAGAGGCUAUUGCUAACACAAAGAAGCACCUGACACAGAGAGUCCAGAAUUUGGACGAUAAAUUGCUGGAGCAGAAAGAGAUCUCAAAGUCGAUUCUGGAGAAUGUUGGUGAUACGAAAGGAAGUAUUGAGGAACUUUACGUUACCGUGACUGAGUUGCAAAGCGCGCUUACUGGUUUGGAUUACAAGCUAGGUUCUAUUUCAGAAAAGCAGGAUGUUUCAAAUCUUGGUCUUUUCUACCUCGUCAACUUUGUUGAGGGAAAACAAGUUGAAAUGCCUCAGCAGACGAAACUUAAACUCACUGGGAAUCCACGCGGUCGUUUAGUGACAUAUUCAGAAACUCAGAGUCUGAUGGGUCUAAAAGAAAUUGCGGAGUCUUUGUCUGGAACUUUGAAUAAGUCAACUGAUGCUAUUCUGCAAGACGAUAUUGAAGGUCCAGGAAUGAAACCGAGAAACCUGCUGAGGUCGGUCUCAACCAAGUGUUGAUUGCAAUAUUCUAAAGAAGAUGAUGGCUGCAUGGCUGGCCGUACACUGUUAUUUUAUGUAGGUAUACGUAUGAGAUGGCUUAGCUUUAAUUGGUUUGGUUGUUCCAAGUUUGAUGUACACAAUCUCACAGUAACUGCCCAGUUGUUUUUCAUUUCAUGUAUUUCUCCGUGGUUUUUAUUUUGCCCAAGAUUCUGAUUAUGGAGAUGAAGUAAAUAUUACUGUGGAGCUUAUAGCAUGUUUAGUUUAUUUUGUGGGCGUAAUUGUGUGAGACG